AUUCUGAGCUCCCAUCACUCGAGUCCAUCAUCGAAUUUGUUCCUGCCGUCUAUCGACGUGCGUAUUUGUUUCAUUACUUCUUCCACGCAUCCAUUUACCUAAAAUCUCCUAAUACAUCGCUCCCUCUAUGUCAUCUCCCAAACCAAUCCCGACUGGGAGCAACCCCCCAGUUUUCGCGGCAUCAACACCCCCUUCCUCCGUCUGGGAUCGCAUAACAACAUGGGCAUCAGAAAAUAAGGCUGUUGUAUCUACAAUCGCCGGUGUGGCAGUGGUGGUAACUGGUGCCGGCGUUGCAUACUAUCUGGUUGAUUCCGUAUGAUGAUAAAACCCGUUUCGUUGUGGUCGCUUUUAUGCUAACAUGAAUCUGCAGCCGCCAUCGUCAAACCGAGACGCUCCCAAAAAGUCGAGUAAAGAGAAGAAGCGGAGGAAGAAGGAAGAUGGCAGAAAGACGGCAGAUCUGGAAAAGGGCACAACAGAACCCAAAACUACCCCCCCAAAAACCCCAACUAUCGAAGUCGAGGAUGAGCUACCUGAGGUAGAUGAAGCGACCGUGGAAACUCUUUCCCAGCAGACACGAAAAGAAUAUGCCCAGAAGUUGAAGGCUGCCGGGAAUACUGCAUAUGGUCUAAAGGACUUUGAAAAGGCCAUUGAUCUAUACGGAAAGGCUAUUCUUUGCAAACCAGACCCUAUCUUUUAUUCCAACCGAGCUGCAUGUUAUAACGCCCAAGGAGAGUGGGAAAAGGUUGUCGAUGACACCACAGCAGCCAUCAACCUAGAUAAUGAAUACGUAAAGGCUUUGAACCGUCGCGCGAACGCAUACGAACACCUCGAGAAGUAUAGUGAAGCUUUGUUGGACUUUACUGCAAGCUGCAUUAUUGACGGCUUCAAGAUCCCGACCAGUGCUGAAGCUGUCGAGAGACUGCUCAAAAAGGUGGCAGAAGCCAAAGCCAAAGUUUUCCUUGCCAACAAAGAUCGAAAACUGCCAAGCGCUUCAUUCGUCACAAACUACCUACAUAGUUUCCGUCCUCGCGAUCCACCAGCAGGUUUGGAAGAUUCAAUUGAGCUAUCUGAAGAUACAGGAUUAGGCCAAUUGCAGUUGGGGUUACGUUCAGUGGCCAAAAAGAAUGGUGACGCGUAUGAGGAAGCAGCAGUUGCCUUUGACAAGGCCUUGUCCCUAGGUGAACUUGGCGAGCACGAAGCGUUCGCCUACAACAUGCGCGGAACAUUCAAAUAUCUUCGCGGAGACAAUAUAGAUGCGCUGCAGGACUUGACAAAGAGCAUUGAAUUGCAGCCAUCGAUGACCCAGAGUUAUAUUAAACGUGCUAGCAUGCACUUGGAACUCGGUUGGUACCGUCACUACAUGUAUAAAAACUAGCUAACCAAGUUGUAGGAGACAAGGAUGCAGCAGCAGGUGAUUUCGCCAAGGCAAUCGAACACAAUGACGACGAUCCUGAUAUUUACUACCACCGUGCACAACUCCACUUCAUCCUCGGGGAAUUUGCAGAAGCUGCAAAAGACUAUCAAAAGUCUAUUGACCUGGACCGCGACUUUAUUUUCUCUCACAUCCAGCUUGGUGUGACGCAAUAUAAGAUGGGAUCAAUCGCUUCGUCGAUGGCAACCUUUCGAAGAUGUAUCAAGAAUUUCCAUGAGGUCCCAGACGUUUACAACUACUAUGGUGAGCUGCUGUUGGAUCAACAGAAAUUUCAAGAGGCAAUCGAGAAAUUCGAUACUGCGAUCGAAAUGGAGAAGCAGACCAAACCUCUAGGCAUGAACGUUCUUCCUCUCAUCAACAAGGCCUUGGCUCUUUUCACGUGGAAGAAGGAAUUUGAAGAGGCCGAGACCCUUUGCCAAAAGGCUCUAAUCAGUAAGUUUUCCAAUUUAAUAUAUCGGUUCUUAAUGUUAACAAGGAAUAGUCGAUCCCGAAUGUGACAUUGCAGUCGCAACCAUGGCUCAGUUAUUACUACAACAGGGCAAGGUUAUACAGGCUCUGAAAUACUUUGAGCGUGCUGCUGAGCUUUCACGAACCGAGGGAGAAAUUAUCAACGCCCUCUCAUACGCCGAGGCUACGCGUACGCAACUUGAAGUGCAAGAGAAAUAUCCUCAGCUGGCAAGCCGAUUGCAAGGGAUGGGUGCGGGAGGGGUUAUGCGAUGAAAGACGACGACUAAUUAGUAAAGACCCGACCGAUGUAGCGGUGUCCAAGCUAGGGAUUUUGAUGGCGAUGUUUUCUCGGGAAGGAUGGUAGGGUAUCCGGUAUGAUUCUACCGACUUUUUAAAUGGGAGGAUGAUUAUGAUGUCGAGAUGUGCACCG